UAUUUUCAACCGCCUGCUCCCGGCAGCAGGCCAUUUUUAAUUUUUUUCUCUCCGAUCGUCUUAAAGAAAAGCUGCCACCAUUCGGAAGAAAAAUACCAACAACAUGACCCACAAUCUCGGUAUGGCGCCAUAUCGUAUGCCGGGUCCAGCAGGUGGAUUAUGUCCGCCUGAUUUUAAGCCACCGCCACCAUCGGAUAUUAUCUCGGCGCCGAGUAAUCCGAAAAAACGUCGAAAGACUAAUGCCAAUUCGGCGGCAGCUGUGGCGGCAGCAGCUGCCGCGGCCGCUGCAGCAGCUAGUUCAAUGCAACAAUCACAGACACCACCUACACCACAGGAUCUGUUGCCGCCGCCACCAAUGGGUGGCUAUGGUGAUACAAUUGUAGCUUCGAAUCCUUUUGAUGAUACUCCGCCUUCAAUGUCCAGUUCGAUGUCAUCCAUGAGCCAUAUGGGUGGUCCGCCAGGUCAUUUCGGCCCCGGGCCAGGUCCCCAUAUGGGCAUGGGUGGACCACAUGGGCCACCACACAUGCAUCCGCAUAUGCAUCCCCAUCAUCCUGGCGGUCCUCCACAUCCACAUCAUCCAAUGGGCGGUCCACCGAUGCGAGGCAUGAGUCCUAUGGGCAUGGGCAGUCCAAUGGGCGGACCUGGACCCGGCCAUCCAAUGGGUCCUGGUGGGCCGAUGGGUAUGCCGCCGCACAUGGGUGGUCACGGACGACAGGGACCCGGCGGUCCCAUGGGCAGUCCUAUGGGCAGCUUAGCUUCAAUGGGUGGCAUGAGUCCCAUGGGAGGUAUGGGUGGUCCCAGCAUAUCACCGCACCACAUGGGCAUGGGUGGUCUCAGUCCUAUGGGCGGUCCUGUUCCCAAUGGUCCUCGCGGCAUGAGUUCUCCCAUGCCUGGGGGACCUGGUGGCGGAUCAGGACCCGGCCCGGGACAGUGUUCGCCCAUGAAUUCAAUGCCAAUGGGUUCGCCCAUGGGUGCAGCAAUGGGUAGUCCAUUAGGUCCACCAACAUCUCAGCCAGGCCCACCACACCCGCAAAAUCAAUCGCAACUUCCUCCGCCUCACAUGAACAACGGUCAAAUGGGCCCGCCUCCAAUGCACAGUCCGUUGGGCAAUGGACCUGCGCCACAAAAUCACAUGUCCGGUGGUCCAGGACCAGGUCCUGGGCCCGGUGGACAACUGCAGCCUCCCUCCGGUAUGGUUCCCAAUCAGCAAGGUGGUAUCUCUCCUGCCCACAGUAUGGCCUCGAAUGUCAGUGGAGGCGGCAAUAAUUCAAUCAACAGCAGCGGCGGCGGUAACAACAACAGCAACAAUCCCAAUAACAACCAACAAAGUCAACAAAAUCCAAUGCUUUCGCCGGCGGCGUUACGGCUGGGUAUACCACAUUCGCCAUCUGCCAGUAUAACUCCGAAUGGACCCUUGCCGAACUCAUCAACCCCGUCAUCUUCCUGUGCGUCCUCAUCAGCGACAACGACGACUACAGCAGCGUCUACGUCAGUGCCUAUAUCUUCACCAGCGCCUGGUAACGGGCCUCCUGCAAUGUCACCCCAUCAUACAAUGUGCGGUAGCGGAGCACGACCGGGACCUAGUCCUGGUCCGGGUGGUGGUGGUGUGAAUAGUAAUAUGCCAGGUGGUCCAGGACGUAGUCCUUUGGCAUCGCCAGCACAUUCGGGUAACUCGAACAACAACAACAGUAAUAAUAACAACAACAAUAGUAAUAAUGCAGUUGGUGGUAAUAAUUCCAUGACCAACAUGGGCGGUGCUAGUCCACACAAUAACAAUGGGCCAUCGAGUGCUGUUACAUCACCACUGGGUUGUGGACCCAACAGCAAUAACAAUGCCAACAACAACAAUGGUCCAAAUACGGGUCCAGGUGGUCCAAUGCAACAACAACAGCAACAGCAAAUGAAUCCUAAUGUUCCUAUGCAACAGCCACAACAGUCACCGCAUGCCCAUCUGCCACUGGGAAGUGGUGGUUCCACAGGCAGCGGCGGCGGCGGUCCUAAUCAAAUGCUGCCACCACAACAACCUUCGCCACACUUGAAUGCACCGCCACAAAUGUCACAGAAUAUGAAUCAGAGUACGGGCCAUGGUCCCAGUCCGGGGCCAAGCGGUAUGCCAUCACCGCACAUGAUGCAUGGUGGUCCCGGAGGUGGUCCACCAAUGGGCAUGGGUGGUUCAGGGCCACCAAAUCACAUGGGCGGCGGCCCACAUCACAUGAUGGGUCCUGGCGGUAGUCCACACAUGGGUCCAGGCGGUAGUCCCCACAUGGGUCCCGGCAGUAGUCCACACUUGGGGCAGGGACCUAAUUCCCAUAUGGGUGGCAUGGGACCGGGAGGUAUGGGUCCCGGCGGCAUGAAUGGACCACAUCAGCAUGGACCUCAUGGUCCGCAUGGACCACACGGCGGCGGUAUGCCACCACAUCAUCAUCACAAUCCUAUGGGUGGUAAUGGACCACCGGGUAUGUUUGGCGGACCAAUGGGUCACAUGGGUGGCGGCCAUAUGGGGCCGGGUGGUCCCAUGGGUCCGGGUGGUCCAAUGGGUCCUGGCGGGCCAAUGGGUCCGGGUGGUCCAAUGGGUCCGGGCGGCCCAAUGGGCCACGGCGGUCCUAUGGGUAUGGGUGGCCCAAUGGGUCCUGGCGGUCCAAUGGGUCCCGGUGGUCCCAUGGGCCCCGGCGGUCCAAUGGGUCAUGGCAAUCCAAUGGGUGGUCCUGGCGGUCCGCCCAAACCAAUGACAAUGGGUGCUGGCAAAAUGUAUCCCCCCGGACAGCCAAUGGUUUUUAAUCCGCAAAAUCCGAAUGCACCACCCAUCUAUCCGUGCGGAAUGUGCCACAAAGAAGUUAAUGAUAAUGACGAAGCGGUAUUUUGUGAAUCGGGUUGUAAUUUCUUUUUCCAUAGAACGUGUGUGGGUUUGACGGAGGCCGCCUUUAAAAUGCUAACGAAAGAGGUGUUCGCUGAAUGGUGCUGUGACAAGUGUUUAUCAACCAAAAACAUACCCAUGGUCAAAUUUAAAUGUUAAACAAACGAA